CAAUUUUUAAAAAAUAUUAUAAAUUUGAAAGAUUAAUAAAGGAGCUUUUUUAUAACUUUAAAUAAAAUAAUUAAGAUUGGAAACACAUUCAGUUACGACAUUGUCAUCCCAAUUUGGUGGAUAAGAUUUCCACGGUUGAUAGAUGGAGAUAUGGACUUAAUAGUCAAUGCUUUGACAAGGGCUGUUCGUCUUGGAAAAAAAUUAGAUGGAACAUUAUUCCGAAUGGAAGGAUUGAUUGCAGAACUAAACAUCGAGCAUACUGAUCUGUGUUGGUGGUUCCUCAUCCCUAACAUUGAUGCGGAUAGAACGGAUCUGCGGUAUUAUUACAAUGCCACACGUGAUUCAUUCUUUGGAAUCUGGCCCGGGGUAGUUAAUAAACUAAAAAACCCCAACCCUUCAGAUAAUAAUCUAAAUGAUUAUUGCAUCCGAUAUGUGGUGUUAUUUCCGAAGCACUGGGUUCAGAGCUUCUCAGUGGAAGAGGUGAGGUAUUUUAUCGAGCCUCAGUUGUGGAAUCGAAUCUCGGCAAAUGAACCGAUCAAAGAUUCCAUUGUCACCUUUUUCGAUGAGGAGGCUUCCUUGGAGAUCAAUGACGAAAAAGUCACGUGGCACUUUAGGCUCAGGGAUGGAUCCCAGGAUGCUCGGGAUUAUGUCAUUGCAUAUGGGUUUAUUCCACCAAUUUUUAUACUUUGGGUGCAGCAGCAUCUGAGUGGGAACACCAAUUAUUUCACAAUCGUGUUGUUGAUGCUGUUACGGAGGAAGACCUUCAUUGCUCUGACGAUGCAGAGACUGUUAUUCUCACAGAUCCGGAGGAUACAGAUAAUGUUGACGAUGCUGAUACUGUAAUCCUCUCAGAUCCAGAGGAGUCGUAGCCCAUUUAUUUUUUUAUCGUUAAAAAGUAUUAUUUUUUUAUUGUAAUGAUUAUAAUUGUAUUUACUAUUUAUUUUAUUGACGACAAUUAGUUUUAUAUGAUGUUAAAUUAAGUAUAGGACUUUCGUCUUUAAACGUUUAUAUUUUUAAGAGUAGUGUAUAAAUAAGUUUUCCAAAUGUAUAUAAGUGGGUUUGAAACAAAAUUUUCUUUAAGUUAAUACCCGAGAAAAAUUCCUUCAACAUGUGGUGUGUUUGACCUGUACAUAUUAGAGUGAGACGCUCUAAAGUAAGACCCAAGGUUCUCUCUCUCUCACUCUAAUGUGCAUCAUAGGCUUGUUUUGGUUCCAAUACUUGUUGACAAUACAAUGAAUGCCUUCUUUUUCAAAGCUGCUAGAUUUCAAGUUCAAUCAUAAGCGUUUCGACUGUUCGAGAGUUAGCUACGAUACGGUUUCCUUUUUUUAGUGUGCUUUUCAAAGUUAUUAAAAACAAUUUUGGGUUUUUUUUUUUUAAUAAUUCUCACUUUGAAGUAAGUAUAUGAUUUUUAAUAUAUAUUAGUGGGUGAAUGUAAGUUAAUUAUUAUUUCUUUUUUCAAGGUUGAAUAAAAACCUGUCAUCGUGAUCCUGAUCUUGACAACUGUUUUACAAUCAUCAUUAUUAUCAUUAUCAUCAUCAGCUAUAGAGGAUUUUUUUACAAAUGAUAAACGGAAUAUCAUACCAUUACAUAAUUCCAAACGAAUGGGCCACUCAGGCGAUUGGGCUUAUUUGGCGGUUACUUUUAUCAACCCUCAGGGAAAUCGUCGUGUCAGGUCAGCAGCUAAAUGGGGCGACAAUCGUUGUCGUUGGUGUAUCCACAACCCUGAGAUUAUGGAACGCUCGUCUAUGUUGGUGGUUUUCUAAACCUGGAGACCUCAUAGCAUUACUGCAUUACUACACCUUCAGCCCAAAUUUAUUAGUGGAGCAGUUUCCGGAAUUUGAAAGGAUAUAUGAAAUCCAACUUCCUUCACUGUCAUUAACGGACGCUUUAAAUGAUAUUGUAUUGCUGAAUCUCACAUACAGCGUACUGAUGCCACAAAUUUGGGUCGAUCAGGGUUUGACAGAUGAAAUCCUGGAUGCACUCUAUGCUGAAAUCCAACGUGACCUAGAAGAUCCUGAUAGUGUCAUUUUUACACUCGGUGGGGUUACCGUUCAGCUCAAUAUCUGUCAAGAGGCAAUGUGCUGGUGGUUUCGGGAUGUUGAUGAUCCCGACAGGGUAUAUUUUGAGAGCCCGAACCUUCAGACUCAAGGACCUGUCGCAAGUAAUGGACCCUUGCGCAUAUAUUGGCCUGACGACGACGACGACGACGACGAUGGUAACGAUGGUGACGACGAUGACGACGAUGACGACUAUGAAGAAAGCAUCGAUGAUGGGAUUGGGGACCCAUCGGAUAUCGAUGGCUGAGUGUGUGUGUUUUUUUCAAUUUAAAUUUCAUUUUUUUUUCUUUAGAUAUGUUUUUAUAUGUUUUUAUAUGUUUUUAUA